ACAUUUUCCAUGCGAGCGAUUGCUGCAAACACAGAUUUCACUUGUGAAAUAUUUUUUGAUUUACCACAAGUCUUUACCAAACAGUGUUCAUAUGUCUAUGGACGCUAGUACACCUUGGGAAAUGUCGCUAAAUGCGUGUCAAAGUAAUUUAAAUUACACAAUUUAGGAAUUCAGAGGUAGUAUUUUGUUCGCGAACGCCUAUCGGGCCAACAUUUCGUCCAGGUGUAUUUCGGUACGGAGACAGUCUGACAAAGGGAGGAUCGUCUCUGCAUUCCGGUACCGAUGUUCAAGUCGCCGACCAACAUGAAGGUGUGGGGCGCGCACGGCGAGUUCUGCGCGCGCCACCAGUGGGAGGUGAUCGUGGCGACGCUGGCGCUCCUGGCGUGCGCCGCCAGCGUGGAGCGGCACGGGCCGGGCACGCGCGCCGAGCGCUGCGCCGGCUGGGCGCGCGCCUGCCCCGGCCUCGAGGCCGAGUACCAGGCCGCCGACGCCGUCAUCAUGACCUUCGUGCGCUGCGCCGCGCUCCUCUACGCCUACUACCAGAUCUCCAACCUGCAGAAGAUCGCCUCCAAGUACCUGCUCAUCAUCGCCGGCGUGUUCUCCACCUUCGCCAGCUUCAUAUUCACGUCGGCGCUGGCGAGCCUGUUCUGGAACGAGCUGGCGAGCAUCAAGGACGCGCCGUUCCUGUUCCUCCUGGUGGCGGAUGUCGCACGCGGCGCGCGCAUGGCGAAGGCCGGCUGGAGCGCCGGGAAGGACCAGGACAAGAGAGUCGGGAAAGCUCUCUCUCUGCUGGGCCCGACAGCGACGUUAGAUACGCUUCUAGCGGUUCUCCUCGUCGGGGUCGGCAGCCUCUCGGGCGUCGAGCGGAUGGAGCACAUGUGCACCUUCGCCUGCCUCGCCCUCCUGGUCGACUACCUCGUCUUCGUGACGUUCUAUCCCGCGUGCCUGUCGCUGGUCGCGGACUUCGCUUCGGGAAGGAAGGAGAUCGCGCCCGAUAGCCCGUUUUCGGAGGCGGACUUGAAGCCGAACCCGGUGGUGCAGCGAGUGAAGAUGAUCAUGGCCGCGGGCCUGCUCUGCGUCCACCUCACCAGCAGGUGGCCCUGGACCAGGGAGAGCGGCAUCAUCGAGGGUUCGUUCAGCGACAACUUUAAAUCCGCCGCGGAGGACAACAUGCUCUUCCACAGCUACGUGAAGUGGUUCUCCGUGAGCUCGGACUACAUCGUCAUAGCUACGCUCCUCUGUGCCUUAAUAAUUAAAUUUGUGUUCUUCGAGGAGCAGAAGAAUUGGAUCAUCGACAUGAACGAUCUGACGGUGAAGGAGGUGGUCCCGGUCGAGAAGCAGCCGCUGUUCUCCAUCGGCGAGGAGGAGAAGGCCGACACGGGCACCCAGACCGAGGAAAUGAGCGAGGCCAACGAGUCCCUGUUUCCCUCGCUGUCGCCCAGCUCCUCGGCCUCCAUGCUCACGGCGAAGAAGCGCCCGAUGGCCGAGUGUCUGGAGAUCUACCGCUCCGAGGGCGUCUGCACUUCCCUGAGUGACGACGAGGUCGCCAUGCUCGUCGAGCAGUCGCACAUUCCGCUCCACAGAUUGGAGACCAUCCUCUGCGAUCCGUUGAGAGGCGUUAGGCUUAGGAGGAGAAUAAUUUCGAGCAAGUUCCAAACCGAAGAGGCCGUCCGCCACCUGCCCUACCUCAACUACGACUACAGCAAAGUGUUGAACGCGUGCUGCGAGAACGUGAUCGGGUACGUUGGUAUUCCGGUCGGCUACGCGGGCCCGCUCUACGUCGACGGCCAACCCUACAUGAUCCCCAUGGCGACCACCGAGGGCGCCCUGGUGGCGUCUACGAACAGGGGAGCCAAGGCCAUCGGAACGAGGGGAGUCACCAGCGUCGUGGAGGACAUCGGAAUGACCCGAGCGCCGGCCGUCAAGCUCCCGAAUGUCGUCCGUGCCCACGAGUGCCGGCAGUGGCUGGACAACAAGGACAACUAUAACCUAGUCAAGGAGGCCUUCGACGCGACGUCGAGGUUCGCCCGCCUCCAGGAGGUCCACGUUGGCGUCGACGGCGCCACCCUGUACCUGAGAUUCCGGGCGACGACGGGCGACGCCAUGGGCAUGAACAUGGUCUCGAAGGGCGCGGAGAACGCCCUGAAACUGCUGAAGGACUACUUCCCCGACAUGGAGGUCAUAAGUCUGUCGGGCAACUACUGCUCCGACAAGAAGGCGGCGUCCAUCAACUGGGUGAAGGGACGGGGCAAGAGGGUCGUGUGCGAGACGACGAUCUCGGCCGAGAGCCUGAGGAACAUCUUCAAGACCGACGCGAGGACCAUGGCGAGGUGCAACAAGAUUAAGAACCUGUCGGGCUCGGCGCUGGCCGGCUCCAUUGGCGGCAACAAUGCGCACGCCGCCAACAUGGUGACGGCGCUGUUCAUCGCGACCGGCCAGGACCCCGCGCAGAACGUCACCAGCAGCAACUGCUCCACCAGCAUGGAGGCGUGCGGCGAGAGCGGUGACGACCUGUACGUGACGUGCACCAUGCCCUCGCUGGAGGUGGGCACGGUGGGCGGCGGCACGGUGCUGACGGGGCAGGCGGCCUGCCUCGAUAUCCUGGGCGUGCGCGGCGCGGCCGAGCGGCCGGCGGAGAACUCGGCGCGGCUGGCGUCGCUGAUCUGCGCGACGGUGCUGGCCGGCGAGCUCAGCCUCAUGGCGGCGCUCGUCAACUCGGACCUGGUCAAGUCGCACAUGCGCCACAACCGCUCCAACGUCAAUGUCCAGAGCGUCUCCAGCCACAAGCUGUCCGACGUCACGCUCAAGGUGCCCCACUUAUAACGGCCGCGCCCCGCCGUACCGAUAAGUCUGAUCGUAUGAUUGUUAAAGAGUCUAUUCGCUGUAAAUUGUUAUUUAAUGAUAUAUUAAGUUAUUGUAGUCCGUAGUCGCGCGGGGCGGGAGGGGCGGGGCGUUUGUUGGUGUCGAUCGAUUACUUAAAUUUUAGCUCUUAGAUUAUAUUUUGACUGCAACGAAUGGCCGCCCGGAGGUCCCGAUGAUAUUGAUUCUAUAUCGAGUAUUUAGGAUUACUAUUUAAAAUAAUAAAACUGUUUUACAUAUA